AUAAAUGAAGAAGGAUUACCUAUUGUAGAGAUACAAGAAACUGAAGAGAAUGAAGUGCAAAGUCGAAUAACAAAAGACGAAAAGGAUGAUUUAGAACCAAAUCUGAAACAAAUUGGUCAAUCAAAAGAAGAGGAAGAAUUGAGAGCUUCGGACUCGCUUUCCUCAUUUGAUUCUGACGCUUCUCCAUCCGGUGUCUUCACGCACGUGCCUAUUAAAGCUAAACAAAUUGAGCCUAUGAAAGCGAGACAAAUUGAGCCUAUGAAAGCGGGACAAACUGAGCCUAUGAAAGCGAGACAAAUUGAGCAAACAAAUGUUACAGUAAAAUCUACAGUCAUAGAAAAUGUGACGUUGCCGGAGGAAUAUGACACUGAAGCUUUAGAAGACGAGAUAUGGAAAAAACAGAUCGCGUCAGAAUAUCACCAAAAACGAAUUAAUUUUAUCACACAACAAGGAGGCCUCUCUUCAGAUGAAAGUCAAUUACCGCAAUCAAGUGAGAGACCCAAGAAG